AACUUAGCGGAACGUGUAUUACUAUGGGUCUAGAGUAAACAUUGAUUUAAAUUAUUGAGAUCACGUACCCAUAUAGUUUUCUGUAGUAAACUCCUUCUAAUGCGAGAGGAUACGAUACGAUUUUUUUUUUUUACUUAUUUCGUUCUCAAAAGAGAAUAUCCGUAUCAAGCAAACAGACAAAGCUUUUUUUUUUAAACAAGAUGCUAAUAUUCAAUAUUAACUCCAAUAAUAUAUGUUUCUUUUUUUUUUAAAUAACUUUCUUAAACACUGAAGGAGAAAAUACUUACAUUAUUGUUGUUGACAAAUUUAUGGUGCCACUUUGCUUGAAGUUGUAGUGACGUCCCAACCAUUAUGAUACUUUAUCUGUUCAAAUACUUAAAAAAUGUUUGCCACAAACUUUUCUAUAUUUAAAGGAGACACCGCAGUAUCAUAUACUUAAACCCUAGAUCGUUAAGUUUAUUAAACAGUUAAGAAUAACCAUAUAAAAGUGAAAAGUUUUAGUAGAAAAUCAGAAACCUUUAACUUUGACGGUCGCGUUUUCCUAUCACUACGAGCCACAUGUACCGUUAAAUGCAUUAAAGAUAUUCCUAAAUCUCUUAAGAGGCGACUUCUCGGUCAAUUUCUGUUGAAAAUGUAGCAAAAAUAUUAAAAAUAAGCAAUUUAAUACAGACGGGCAAACAGGUAAAAGGUAUAAACGAAGCAGUAGAGAAUCCAGCGCCGAGAGCGGACCGUUCACUCCUCCCUCCGUCCGAUUUGAUGUAUACCCAAGUCGACAUUGGACGCCUCGUUUAUUCUCACUCCGACAGUGCCAGGGUGAAGUUAUAGUCGAGCGAUUUUUUUCGUAGUCACCGUUGUUGUUUCAUCGUUAGUGUUAUUGACCACCGAAGUUAAAUUACAUAAUGGCCGAUACCGAGUCAGUACCAGUAGCUUCUGCCCCACCAGCUAGUUCGCCAGCAAAAAAGGAGAAAAAAGCUAAAGCUAAGCCAACUCAUCCACCAACUUCCGAGAUGGUAAACAAUGCCAUCAAAGGCCUUAAAGAAAGAGGAGGAUCGUCCCUACAAGCAAUCAAAAAAUAUAUCGCCGCCAAUUACAAGGUAGAUGCUGAAAAAGUGGCACCGUUUAUAAAGAAGUAUCUAAAGUCUGCUGUAGUGUCUGGUGCUUUAGUGCAAACUAAAGGAAAAGGUGCCUCCGGCUCUUUCAAGCUUCCUACCUCCGGUACUCCAGCCGCAAAACAAGGAGCCGCUGGUGAAAAGAAAAAGGCAGCAUCUAGGAAGAAGAGUCCUGCGAAAAAAGCCACCGGUGAAGCGGCAUCUGCUGCUAAACCAAAGGCGAAAAAGGCAGCAUCUCCCAAGGUAGCCGCUAAGAAACCUGCCGGCGAUAAGAAGGGUAAAAAGACCACCAGCGGAGAGAAGAAAGUGACGAAGACUGCUGCCGCCGCUACUUCUGCCGCUGUAGCUGCAGUCAAGCCAAAGUCACCGUCGAAAGCUAAGAAAUCAAAUAAGGCCGGUCCAACUAAGAAGCCCAAGGCUCCUAAGCCAAAAACGGCAAAGGCUCCAGCUGCCAAGGCAAAAAGAAAAAACAGUGGUGUAAUGUAGCUGUGAAAAACGGUG